AUGAUUGCCGAUCAGUGCAGUGAAACAACUACAAAUCAAGUCAGAUGCUGGUAUGCAGAAGCAAAAGACAUCUUUUCUGCUAUAUUCAAUUCCAGAUAUGGCCAGGAGCAGACUUUGUUUAAUGAAGCUGCCAGGUACUUUAAGUUGGACAUACAAAAUAAAGCAACCAAAAAACUAACACUGUACGAGCAAAUAAGGGACAUGUUUCUAUCAACAUCGAUCAAUAGCGAGCUAAGACGAAAGCUUGGCAUGCUUGGUAUAAGGUCUUGGCAGAUUUAUUUUAUUUUUGACAAUUGGCUAUUUCCAUUUUUUGGAAGUUAUUGGCGAAUUAUAGUUCUGGCCAUUAUGAUUGUCUUGUUUUAUUUUAAUCGCUACUUUGUUGUAAAAUCGACUGUUCCGUUUUUCAUUGUGAAUCUGUUGUGUUUGUAUUUCGCAAUAGUGUCAAUGUUCACUAGCGAAGCAUAUAUGGCGGCUAUAUUCAGAUUUUCAAUUAGCCCGACCAAUAAUCAAAAUAGUAGCUAUGACGAAGUAGACUAUUUCAUGAGGCUUCAGACUAUUGAAUGGGUUAUUUUGAGCAUAUUUAUCGCCACAACAUGCAUGUUCAUUUUGUUUUUUCACGUGAUUUCAGAUGGAGAAUCGCAGCCUUAUAAUAAUUUUAAAUAUACAGUAAUGAGGUGCAUGGUUGUGAUAUUUGUCUUAUUUUAUCUGGUAUGUGAUGUGUUAUUUAGCACAGUGCAAGAUUACGUUAUUGUCCGGGCAUUUGGGUUACAUGUACUGAAUGGGCUUCUGUGCUAUCUUUAUGCUUUCGGCUUCAUAUCUUAUGUACUUAUUUAUUUUACCCGUAUAUUCUUAGACGAGGAAGGUAUCUAA